AUGUUUGAUUUUAAGCUAACAAUCAAAACUAACAUUUAUUUCCUAAAAUUACUUGGAUUGUGGCCAAAAAAUAGUUACGAUUUUAAUUGGUACACUUUAUACACAUUGCUUUUAAACGCAAUUAUUGCCAGUGACAAUAUUGGCCAAACUGCAAAUCUUUUCUUCGUUUAUGUGGAUUUCGGAUCCUUAAUGGGCACAAUUUUUGUUCUUUUUACCAACUGGUGUGCUUCAAUAAAAGCAAGUUUCUUCAUCUACAACAUACGUUAUCUCAAAACUUUGAUGAAAAAAAUUGACUGUGAAGAAUUUCAACCGAAAACUCGCCAUCACGAGAAUUUAGUUUUGCCAACAUUACAAUUGUGGAAGAUGAUUUAUUACCUAUUUCAGAUUUUAGUUGGUGUAACUACAAUGUUAAUUACGACAUAUCCGGUAAUUGAUGGAUCAAUUCGAAGAUUGGAGUUGCCCUUUUGGGCUUGGUAUCCCUACAACACUAGACAAUCACAACUGUUUCAAAUUGUGUAUUUUUACCAAUUGUUUUGCGUCUGGUGUAUCGCAUUUACUUCAAUGAAUAUAGACAUGGCAAAUACGUCUUUGAUGAUGUUUGUGAAAGCUCAAUGUAACUUAUUGUGCUACAAUUUAAAAAAUUUAAACAAUUAUAAUAAUUGUUUCAAUGCAAAGUUGUUAGCGUGUAUAAAGCAUCAUAAAAAAAUUUUAAGUUUUGCCAACAUUGCAAACACUUUUUCUAAUGAAAUUUUGUUAACGCAGUUUUUUACUAGUACGGUUUCCCUAGGAUUGGCAAUGUUUCAAUUAAGUUUGUUUGCACCUUUAAGCGCCGACAGUUAUAUUCUUCUCUUUUACAUAGUUGCCAUUAUUGACGAAAUUUUCUUGUACUGUUGGUUUGGAAACGAAGUAGAACAUGCUGUAAGUAUUUUUCUCAAUACUCGUAAAAAUAAUAGUAAAUAA